AUGCUAGAGGCAGUGGAAUAUUACGAGGUCGACUGGGCGAACGAGUUCCUUCAGGAGUCUAUCUAUCGGGGAUCGCCGACUCCAAAGUUAGAAAUCGCAUGGGAUCGUCUUUGGAGACAUAACGACAUCAACGUUCCUUUAAACAAGUUAUCCUCGCUCAAUCGGUCGGUGGAUACGAAUUGGAAGCAAACACCCAUGCAAUAUGGCGGAGGCGCCGAAGCUAACGUAGAAGUGUUCCAUCAGCUACAUUGUCUGAACUUGAUUCGACAAUACACGUACCUAGACUCCUACGAAGUGCCACCGGAAGGAUUUCAGAGAUCGCCGGAGAUGUCAAGAAUACAUGUCGACCACUGCAUCGAGACGCUGCGUAUUCAUCUCAUGUGUGCAGGUGAUGUGACGCCCGUGCUGGUGAGGCUGGAUGAGUCGAAGCCGCUAGGGGCCGAGGCAGAUUUCUCGACCCACCACAAAUGUCGCCGAUUCAAUAAGUUAACCGAAUGGAUGGAGAUGCACGCUGUGCCAACAGAGGAGUCUUAA